AAGAAGAUAAAUUUAUAUAAUGAGUGCCACGGAAAAAAGAAACAGAGGCUCUUAAUUUCAGUUUUUGAGCUCCAACGAGAAGAUCGAGACAAUGAAUCAUGGGCUUAAAACGUGAAUCAACCUUUAGAAAGAAGCAAACAAAGCAUGUUUUCCUCCCAAACUUGGGAAUUUUAUUUUGAAGAAAACCUACAGUUGAGGUACUUGUUAAGAUUUGAGGAGCAGCAUGAAAGAGAACGAAAGAUAUGAAAAUACUCUGCGGCUUUGGUCAGGCCUCUAUCGACAUUUCACAGGAAAGCCUUUGUACCCAACAAAGAAGAAGACUACAACAACCACUGCUGCUAUCUUCUUCUCUCUCUUUGCUUGUGCCUUUGUUUCCCUGGGUUGGUUUCAUUCAUCUAUAUUUUCAGAUAUUUCCCUUGAAAAAGCCGUUACUUGGAUAAAUCUCCCAAACAAACAAGAAUUCCCUCUCCAGUGCACCUCUGGAAACGUAACACAAACUUGUCCAAAAAACUAUCCGACCUCACACAACCCCACCAAUCCUGACCCUUCAUCAAAUUUAACAUGUCCAUCAUACUUCCGGUGGAUCCAUGAAGAUCUGCGGCCGUGGAAAGAGACGGGAAUCACCAGGGACAUGAUCGAAAAGGCACGUACGACUGCACAUUUCAGGCUGGUGAUCAUAAAUGGGAAGGCUUAUGUAGAAAAGUACAAGCAGUCUAUACAGACGAGAGAUAUGUUCAGUUUAUGGGGAAUAUUGCAGCUGCUAAGGUUGUACCCCGGGAGAUUGCCCGACUUGGAGAUAAUGUUUGACUGUAAUGAUCGGCCCGUUGUCCGAGCUAGAGACUUUCAAGGCCCAAAUUCAGGCCCACCACCUUUGUUUAAAUAUUGUUCGGACGGGCCCAGUUUGGAUAUCGUGUUCCCGGAUUGGUCUUUUUGGGGCUGGGCGGAGACGAAUAUAAGUCCAUGGAAUCAUGUGUUGAAGGAGAUAGAAGAAGGCAACAAUAAAAGCAAAUGGAAGGACAGGGAACCCUAUGCUUACUGGAGAGGAAAUCCAAACGUCUCCCGAAUCAGGAAAGACCUUAUGACCUGCAAUGUCUCGGAAAAAUAUGACUGGAACGCUCGUCUAUAUGUUCAGGAUUGGAUCAAAGAAUCUAAAGAACUGUACAAGGAAUCAAGUCUAAAAAAUCAAUGCACCCACAGAUACAAGAUAUACGUGGAAGGAUGGGCAUGGUCUGUAAGCGAGAAAUACAUUCUAGCUUGUGAUGCAAUGACCUUGAUAGUAAGACCUCUUUAUUAUGAUUUCUUCUCCAGAGCUAUGGUGCCACAGCAACAUUACUGGCCCAUUAGGGACAACAGCAAGUGCACAUCUCUUAAAUUCGCAGUGGAAUGGGGCAACAACCACAUGGAAAAGGCACAAGCCAUUGGAGAAGCAGGAAGCCAGUUCACACAAGAUGAACUGAAGAUGGAUUAUGUGUAUGAUUACAUGUUUCAUCUGUUAAACGAGUAUGCGAAACUCUUGAAAUUCAAACCUGAAAUACCUGAUGGAGCAGUUGAGCAAUGUUCAGAGUCAGUAGCAUGCCCAACAACUGGUAAUUGGAGGAAGUUUAUGGCGGAGUCGAUGGUGAAUUCUCCAAGUGAUACACUUCCAUGUACAAUGCCUGAGCCUUAUGAUCCUCCAGCUCUACGAGAUUUUGUUAACACAAAAGUCAAAUUAACAAAGCAAGUGGAAGCCUGGGAGAAUGAGUAUUGGCAGAAGCAGAAUCUCGACAAGAAGCCAUGAAAGAAAAUUACUUUUUACAUCUUGUAGUAAUAAUUAACUGGCUUGAUACAUGCUUCAUAUUUUUGUAAUCCUUUUACAAUUUGGAUUUUCAAUUGAUUG